UUCGAGGCUUCUUGUCAGCAGCUUCGUGUGGCAUGGAGGACGACAGGACUAAACUAACUAGCAUUGCCGCAUUUGGAAUAGCUCAUGAUUCCUGUGGCUAGAGAGGUUUGCUAGUGACUAGGUUCCGGUUGUGAUUUACCUUAUAGGCCGCGUUGUUUGCGCACGAUUACCACCAGAUGGCGUCGCGUGCUGCAUUUUUGCAUGGCGUCGCAUGGCAGCUCGCUGAACGACACGAGGCGACAGACAUAUGUGACCCAUCACGUCGUCCCAGCAACAUUUUCAGCGAUCGCAAUCGUGUAACCACUCCAGAUUCAGAAUGUCGCACAAGCGAAUUCAGCGACGGUUCGUGCGAUUCCGACGACGGCUGCGAUUCGCAUGAUACCCUCUCCCCUGCGCUCACCCCCUCCCCUCAGGUCAGCUCCUCCUCCUCUUCCUCCUCCUCUCCCUCCCGCGCUCCCUUAUCCCCGUUAGUACACGCCUCGGCGGAUUCGAUUCAGCAGCUUCGAAAGCUCCUCGCUAUAGCAGCCGUGCAACACCGAUGCAAUGCCCGCUGCCGUGACGAACGACGCGAUGACGCGACUUUUAAAUCGACUCAAGAGUCACCUCAACACCAGUGCAAUGCCCGCUGCCGUGACCGACGGAGCGACGAAACCGCGGGGACAGGGCGACCGCAUCCCGCCAGUCGCGCUUGCGAUCAAGAGCCAGACCGUCUGACGUGCCGUGGCCGACGCAGCGAUGAAACCGCGGGGACAGGUCGAACGCAUCCCGCCGCUCGCGCCGGCGCCGCUCGCGCUCCCUUUCGCGGUCGCUCUCGCGCUGGCGCGGGCGCGGGCGCUCGAGAGCCGGACCGUCUCACUAGCCGCUCGCCGCUCGCCGCUCGCGCUCGAGAGUCGGACCGUCUGACUAGCCGUGACCGUGACGGCCGCGGCGACGCGCAGCGCUGUAUCUGCGAGGAAGUACGAAUGGUUAUAAAUCAACUGAGGGCGACCCACCGUGGGCUUGACGGGGACGGCUAUAACGGGUACAUUGGCGUCAGCGAUAGGGAGCGGAAAGCGCGCAUGACAGCGACCAAUCAGAGACGCUCUGAGAUUGGAUCGCGUGUUCGACAUAGGGAGGUGUUGAGGCAUCAGGAGGAAGCUUCUCGGAACGAGUGGGUUGAACGCUACCUGAGCGACUGUUUCUAUACCUGUGCCGACGGUGGCGAAAGCGGAAGUGGUUUUGGCGAAAACGGAGCUGGUAACCGCAAAAGCGACAUUGGCACCGGAGCGGGCGAAAGCGGGCGAGUACCGCCCCCCCUGUCCUACUACGCGCUUUCAGGUAAACGCGCGCGCUUCCCCCGCCACUCCUCCCCCCUCCCGCUCCCGCCCUCCGUUGCGCGGCCGCGGCAUUCCUUCCGCCAGCCCAACACUCCUGCCGGGGGAAGCGAAAAUCCCCGCUGCGGGGACCAGGGCCCCUGGCGCAAGCCGGCCGUCCGGGAGAAUUCUCCCCGCGGGGGCAAUAGUGCCCCUCAAGGCGGCGAUUUGCGCCACGCUGGCGCUUCCCGCCCCUCCCCCCGCGGCGGGGCCAGCAACCGCGGAACGCCGAGCGUAGACUCCGCAAGGCACGCGAGAGAGAGCGGAGGCUCCCCACGGGGCGGGGUUUCGGUGGUGAUUGUACACGCGGAUGGAGCGGGAGGAAGGGACGGAGGGGUGACGUUGAAUCGUGUCCGUCCAUCUGUGAGUGCAUCUCAGCCUGCGGUGCAUUUCUGCGACGCUGUGAGCGCGCUGAAAGGAGUGCCGCCUGAGGUAGUGACGACAAGGGAGGUGGGAGAUACGGAGGAGGGAGAUAAGGAGGAGGGAGAUAUGGAGAUGGGAGAUACGGAGGAGGGAGAUAAGGAGGUGGGAGAUACGGAGGAGGGAGAUAAGGAGGAGGGAGAUACGGAGGAGGGAGAUAAGGAGGAGGGAGAUACGGAGGAGGGAGAUAUGGAGGAGGGAGAUAUGGAGAUGGGAGAUACGGAGGAGGGAGAUAAGGAGGAGGGAGAUACGGAGGAGGGAGAUAAGGAGGAGGGAGAUACGGAGGAGGGAGAUAAGGAGGAGGGAGAUAGGGAGGGGAUGGAGAUGGGAGAUACGGAGGAGGGAGAUAAGGAGGAGGGAGAUACGGAGGAGGGAGAUAAGGAGGAGGGAGAUACGGAGGAGGGAGAUAUGGAGGAGGGAGAUAUGGAGAUGGGAGAUACGGAGGAGGCAGAUACGGAGGAGGGAGAUAAGGAGGAGGGAGAUACGAAGGUGGGAGAUACGGAGGAGGGAGAUAAGGAGGAGGGAGAUAAGGAGGAGGGAGAUAAGGAGGAGGGAGAUAAGGAGGUGGGAGAUUCGGAGGAGGGAGAUACGGAGGGGGGAGAUACGGAGGGGAGGGGUGAGGAGGAAAGCGGCAUAUGCAGCAGUGGCGGCCGUAGUGGUGUAGGGCCCAAUUACAAGGCUAAAAGCGGCACUGUAACUAAUACGAUUCGAAAUCGAUGUGCAUUCAAACGGGUGGACGGCAACGUGCCACGUCAGAAUGACUCCGGAGGACGCCACGUGGCAGAAGGAGAGGCGCCAGGUCUGGUGAGGGCGGAGGGGUGGGUAACGGUUCUAUUGGAACAAAGUGGGAAGCAGCUGCGGGCUUUGACAGCCGAGGAGAAACGGCAUGUGACAGGACGAUUGGCAGUAAGAGAGGACGAGAACAGCGCUCCUUAUGUUUCUAACGAACGACUGAAGAUGCUAGUAUCGAGGAUGAGCGACGGUGGCCCUGCAGGGGCGCCAGACGAAUGGACGCACACGGUGCCUGAAUCAGUCACUGCUGCUGUGAUGGACGGUGGCGAUGCUGCUGUGAUGGACGGUGGCGAUGCUGCUGUGAUGGACGGUGGCGAUGCCACUGUGAUGGACGGUGGCGAUGUUGCUGUUACGGAUGCUGGAGAAGCCGAAGCUGCUGAUGCUGCUGAUGCUGAUGCUGCUGCUGCUGAUGCCGAUGCUGCUGCUGAUGGUUCUGCCGUUGAUGCCGAUGUUGAGGCGGAUGCUGCUGCUCGUGCUGAUGCUGCUGCAGUUGCUGAUGGUGCCGAAGGAGGCGUGGAGGAGGGAACAGUGGGGGCAACGACAGCAGAAGAGGUGGGAGCGGUCGAGAGAGGAGAGCAAGGCGGGGCAGAGCAGGAGAGAGAGGGGGUGGAGGGUCUGGUUGAUCUGGCAGCAUAUGAGCAAGGUGGGGUGGAAGAGCAGCAGCAGCAACAGGAGCAGCAGCAGCAGCAACAACAGGAGCAGCAGCAGGAGGAGAAGCAGCAGCAGCAGCAGGAUGAGGCAGGCCGGGAGAAACAUGCUGAGAAGCAUGAGGGGAGGAACCAGGAGGGAGAGGAAAAAGGUGGUACAGGCAAGGAGAAGGGGCAGGGGGCAGCAGCGGCGGAAGAGGAGGCGAAUGAGGAGGAGGGGAGGGAGGGAAGGGAGGAGGAUGAGAAGGAGCGGGAGCGGGAAGCAGAGGAGUGGGAGGAGAGCGAAGGGGUGAUCCUGGGGGUGGUGAGGCAGAACUCGUUUGACCGAGGCAGGGGCGUUCGCAAGCUCAUUGCACGUGCACGCUCUUUGAGCCCAGGCCCUGCCUUGCAGUCGCUACUCCACCGCACAGGAAGCAGCACAGCAGGCAGCACCAGAUGGGGCAGCAGCAUGAGGGGUCGUGCCGUAAGGGAGAGUAGCAUAAGCGGCAACACCACCACUGACAGGAGCAGUGAACGGAACAGCAGGGUUGACGAGAGAGGCUCGGGGAAUGGCACGGGCGCCAGCCGCACUGCUGACGCCAUCAGAACGCUGCUGAGGAGGCACGUUGCGAGGGACAUUGCUAUUGGUUCAGAGAGCACGUCAGCAAGUGCUACUGGGCUGGAUUCCUCGUGGGCUGAGGAUGGGGCGUCUGCUGCAGGAAAGCGGGAGGCAGCAGCAGCAGCAGCAGCAGCCUCUGCAGCAGGCGCACCAGCAGCGGAUAGCAGGGGGCAGCACGGACGAACGCCACGGGUGCGAGUAGCAGCAGUGCGAAUCAAGCGGGGGCCCAAGGUGGUCCCUCAGAAGCAGGCAGAGGAUGCGGAAGGAGGAGGGGCAUGGGGAGAGGAGACCGGGGAGGAGGAGGCGACAGGAACACAGGGGCAGAAGGAGAAGCAGAAAUACCUGCCGCAACUCUCUACAGCGGAAGAGAAGCGCCAACAGAAGGGAAGCUCCAGUGUCCAUCAACAGCAGCAGCAGAGGCAGAGAUACCUACCGCAGCUGUUUGCUGACCGUGCUCCAUGGCAAAGGAGCGCCUAUCACCACCAGCAGCAGCAGCGGAAAUAUUUGCCCGAGCUGGUUGGCAAUGCUGUAGAAGGGGAGUAUUCGAGCAGUGUGUUGCAGUCCCUCCUGUUUCGCCCUCGAGGGAGGAACCAGAGCCCAGCUAGAGCAGUCUUUCAAAAGUGAGCAGUCUUUUAAAAGUGAGCAGUGCCCCAAAACGUUGCCACUUGUAAUCUGUUUACACUCAUGUUCUUCUUCUGCUCCGUUCAGCACCAGUUUGCACGGUUGUGUCCCCCCCCCCCCUACCCACCCACCCAAGAUUCAAGAUUCUAUAAUGGAGCCAGGAGCAUAACUCUUACAUUUCAUCCUGGUCGGGUGUCAUAACUCACCAGAGAUUUCAGUUAGUACUUCGAGUUGUACCGUAAGUAUACCAUGAUAUACACAGUCAUAUAGGAACGAGUGCAUAUAGCCUACUCGAGAUAGUAACAACACGAU